GCGAAUUUUGGUUUUCGCGGUAGGCCCCCCGGCUCGAUAAAGUGUGGAUGUAAUUGACACUAUAAUGAUUUUUUAGCUGGUCACACUGAAUCACUGAACUGAAAAUGCAAUUUUCAUCUGCCAAACGAAAUUGUAUUGAUUCUAAUUUUUGUUUAUUGUAUUAGUUAUUUUUUCAGCUUUUAUUCUGUUUAAUCUUGAUUUCGCUUCCAUCCAUUUGUUAAUUAAAUGACAAAAAAUUACCCGUCGUCGUCGUCGUGUAUUCCACCGUUGGCAUCAACUUCUGUGGAUCUGUAUAGUGUAGUCAUAGUGUAGUGUUUGUGACUUGUUUCGUCAACACGGACACUAGGGUCGUAACGUAAUGGAGGCAGUGGUCAUGAAGACGGAGCUCUCAUGGGAUGCGCCGCAGCCCGCCUGUCCGCCGGACACACACGGGCACAUCACAGAGGUACCCGUGGUCUCCAGUGCAAGUGUAAAGCAAGAACCUAUUACCCAGCUACAUGCUGUUUACUUGAAGGAGGAGGUCAUUGACCUGCAAGAGGAUGUUAAAGUGAAGCGAGAAGGUACUGAACCACAGGAGGAUGUGGAACAGGAUGUCAUGAAACAGGAACCAGAAUGGGAGGAGACAAGCAAGUUAAGCGGACUGGGAGUGUCGCAGCUUUUGGAGUUCACAGAUAACAUGGCCGUCGAGCUGGAAAUCGAGUACGAGAAGCAACCCGCUGAAGCUGGCGGGACCGGGACCACACAUCCGUGUGGAAGUGAGACGCCAGAUCCGUGUGGGAGUGAGACAGUAGAUACAGAUACAUGUAAAAAACGGACUGCACAGGAGGCGAAACUAGAUCAGGAGUUAGUCGUCCUGCGCAAGGACCGAGCGCGUUCCGUCAAGCAGGCGCGCGAACACACAGCGAGCACAGAAGCGAACAGUUACGACUGCCUCAUGUGCACUAGAACCUUCAAGUGUUUAACUACUUACAAGCAACAUAUGACUACUAUGCACACCGGUGAGAAACCCUUCGCCUGCGAAUGGUGUAAUUGGCGCUUCGACGAAUUAAACGAUUUUAAGAGACAUUUGAGAACGCACAAGGGUCAGUCGCAACUAGGCCCUACGAAUCACGAAGGAGUCUACCCAUAUUCGUGCAAAUUGUGUCACGAAAGUUUUGCAGAACAGAGCGAUUUAAAGAAUUAUGAGCCAACACACAUGCGAAUACAUGGAUGCGACUCUUGCGGGAGCCAAGUCGUCAAAUUGUACUAUUUAAAGAGACAUUUAAGAACCCAUACUGGAUAAAGACCGUAUAAGUGCACAACGUGUAAUAAGGAGUUUACACAAUUAGGCUCUUUAAAUAAACAUGAACGAAUUCAUACAGGGAAAAGAUCAUAUGCCUGUGGAAUAUGCGAGAGAAGGUUCACGGAACAGAGUGAUUCUAAAAAACAUGAACAGAAACACACCGGCGACAGUAAUAGACCACACGCGUGUGAUACGUGCGAGUGGACAUUCGCGAAAUCAAACCAUCUGAAGAAACAUUUAAGAACACACACUGGUGAAAAACCGUACAAGUGUGAAGUGUGUAAAAAGGUGUUUUCACAACUAGGUUCUUUAGCGAAACAUAAAGGGAUACAUACGAGAGACAAGCGAUUAUCUUGUGAAGUUUGUGAGAAAAGGUUCACGGAGAGGCAUUCAUUGAAGAAACAUGAACGACAACAUAGUGGGGAGAAACCAUACUCUUGCGACACGUGCCAAAAAAGUUCGCACAAUGGACUCAUUUCAAGAAUCACGAGCGUAUUUACACUGGAGAGAAACCUUUUAGCUGUGAGAUAUGCCAAAAGAAGUUAACACAGCAAGUUACUUUGAAAAUGCAUCAAAGAACGCAUACUGGGGAAAAAUCAUACGAAUGCGAUGUAUGUAAAAAAGACUGCGAGAUCGAGUACUUUAAAGACACAUGAAAGGAUUCAUACGGGAGAGAAGCCGUACUCGUGUGAGUUUUGUGAGCCAUUGAUUACUAGACCUAGGUCAUUGAGAAUACAUACAUGAUAGAUAUGGGUCGGGAAGGCACACAAGUGAUACACAACGUAGCCAUUACCUAUGCAUGCAUAUACAACAAUACACUUAUUCAUACUCAAAGAGAUAAAAGUACAUGCAGGAAGUGUGAGGGGUGGAUGUUCAAAAAUCUGAAAGUUGAUUUUCUGUUGCGUUCUCAAACGUAAGUAAAUUAUGGGAAAUGGUAACUCAUAUGAAGUAGUAUCAAGUACUGGGACAUUUACGUUAUGCCCGAUUUUAUAGUUUAACCGAAACUUCACUUCACUAAAUCAAUAGCUUUGAGUGUAGAAAAAAGUUAUAACAAUAUUAUAAGCGUUUUUACUUCAUCUGUAUUUAAGUAAUAAGUGUUAUUUAAUUAAAUGGAGUUUCUUUCAACCUUGACAUUUAAUGAAAUACAAUCACUGUAGGGGUAUUAUACAUAUAGGGGAUGGAGGUGAGCGGAAAUGAGAUGCAGAAAUAAGAAAAAAUAACACAUUCGCACAAAGAUAUGUAUUUAAAAUAAAGUAAAUAUAAAUGUUAA